UGACGAACGUUUACCAUUGGUGAACAGAUUUUGACUAAUUCACCGCUAGGUGUCUCUGUUCAACCUUACUAAGCGCAGCACAUCGGACUUCCGUGCAGAAUCAGGCCCAGGACAUAGUGCAUAAUGCUGGACGACAGCGACAUGUGUUCGGUAGACCUAUGUAGCUUAUCUGGGUCUACACCCUCGUUGUCUUGCUACAGCGUCGACGAACGGGUUCUCGGUAUCCUAUGGGACGACAAUGUGAAGAUGGAUGACCUGUUGAGCUUCUCGUUCGACCGCAUCGACAAGUUGGCAGCCAAGCAAGGUACCACAGUAAAGACAGUGGAAAAGAACCGACUCUGGGACUAUGUACAGCGAAUGAAAACGAUAUGUCUAACGGGAUCGUAUGGGCUAUGUCAGGAGGAGCAGUACGAAUGGGAUGCCCAGCAGCCGGAGAUGGAAGAAGCUCUGAAAGCGCUGAGUGACAUGUCUUUGACUGGGCACGGCAGUACGUGGUGCAUCGACGGCAUCGGCACGGCGGAGCAGAGGACCCCGGAAAGGAGACGAGCUUCCAGAACGAACGAAAAUUUCUCAUGGUCAUUCCUUCCAAAAAAGAAGAGCAAGUUGUGGAAGAAGCUUUUCCCGAGAAAACUAAAGGGCAAGACUGCCGUGAGCGAAAAAGGACUGGCCUUAGGAGCGCAGAAUUCGUCCAGCGCGUCUUGUGUGAUGAAUCGUACCGUCAGUCCAGGCUCCGGGAGACUCCGUUCUAAUCGCCUGAAUAUGCGGGGUUUCCUGAGGCGGUCCGUGCGGCGUCUGCAAAUUGGUUCCCUCUCCAGACUCGCCAGACUGUGAUAUGCGUAUCAUUUUUUUUAGUUCAUAUCUAAUAAAGAACGCUUACUGCUAGUGCUCAA